AUGACAUCGCACUCUGCAUUCUCUCAAAGCUUCGUUUUACUUGCGCUACCAAAUUAUGGUCACAAACAAUUGAUGGAAAAUUCUUAUUUCCUGGAGAAAUUUCGCAACAAUCUUGUUGUUUCCAAAUCUCUUCUAGAUGACACUGAUCUCCUCUUUAAACGAACUUCUCCUCCUCGAUUUACAUUGUGUUUGGGUUUGGGUAAAGAUGCAAUUGCAUUGGAUUAUUUGGAUCUUCGAUCUAAAUUUCCUAACUAUGGUAAGCCAGAUAUCUCAAUUUUAGGUUCAGCAAUUGAUGGUGUUAUCUGUCGCUAUGAAACUUCAAAUCAUACAAAAAUAGUACUCUACAAUCCUUAUGCAGGAGAAUUAAAACCAAUCCCUCAUACCCCUAAGAAAAAUGACCUAGUUGAUGUGGAGGGUGCCUAUACUCUUCAUGGGUUUGGUUAUGAGGUUGUUGAAAAUGAUUUCAAAAUUAUCUUAAUUAGGGCAAGUGUUCCAAAACUCAACUUGGAUGAUGCUUUUGAGCAGAAAAAUGAAAUGGCAAAAGCUGUGGAAGAAGAGCUCGAGAAGGCUAUUUCAGCAUAUGGAUAUGAAAUUGUUCAAACACUGAUUGUUGAUAUAGUGCCAGAUGAGCAUGUGAAACGGGCUAUGAAUGAAAUCAAUGCUGGCAAAUUGAGGGUGGCUGCAAAUGAGAAGGCAGAGGCCGAGAAAUUUUUGCAAAUUAAGCGAGCUGAGGGUGAGGCUGAGUCUAAAUAUCUCUCUGGACUGGGUAUUGCUCGCCAACGUCAAGCCAUUGUAGAUGGUUUGAGAGACAGUGUGAUUGGAUUUUCAGUUAAUGUACCAGGGACAACUGCUAAAGAUGUCAUGGAUAUGGUCCUUGUCACUCAGUACUUCGACACUAUGAAAGAAAUUGGUGCUGCCUCCAAGUCUUCUGCUGUGUUCAUUCCACACGGACCUGGUGCUGUUCGCCAUGUCGCUAGCCAAAUUCGUGAUGGACUUCUCCAGGGUUCUGUAUCUCAUGAGUAGCUUAUUAGUAUGUGAGGGUGGUGAUUUUAUAAUACUUUAUGUCUCUG